AUGACACCAAAUUGGUCGGAACUUCUAAUAUUCUUAAUUUUCAUUCUACAAAUCACAACAAAUGCUACAGAAGAUUUGCUAGAUCAAUACGUCAAACAUGUGGAAAGUGUAAAUAGUAUAAAUUAUAAUUUAGAUAAAAGGUAUAAUAAAAAGUAUCAUCAUCCGAAAAGCAGAAGAAAACUUCACGGAUUUAACGAUAUUGAUGAACAUUUUAAAGAAAGUCAGGAAGACACCAUAUUCUUUGAUUUGCUUGACAGUUUUCCAAGCGAAAAAAGCGGCUCUAAACAGCCUGAAAAUGAUAGACAUUUUCUAAGAAAACUUAGUAGUGUAGAUAGUGUACCAGAAAGUUCAGAUAUAGAAGAUUUUGAUUUACUAUCUGAUAUAGACGAAGAAUCCAGGCAUAGAGAAAAAAGAGAUGCUUCGAAUGACAUUGUUUGGACUCAUUCGGAAACGUUGGAUAGAGAAGCAGAAAUGGUAUACCAUGGUGAAAACAGAGGUUACCAAAGUGCUCAUUUACUAGGUCCACCUCCUGUAGCAAAAAUGAGUAUUGGUCAUUCCAGUCAUUGGGAUGUCGUUUUUGAUGAUUUCAAGAUUACUAAAGAAGUAAGCACCAUGUACUGGUGCAAAGUGUUCAAAGCUCCAACAUUAAAUUCAAAACACCACAUAGUUGGAUUUGAGCCUAUAAUUGGAGAUAAACAUUCAAAUCUGGUACACCAUAUGGUUAUGCAUGAAUGUGAAUUGGAUGUUAAUGAAGAUGUCGCCAUAUGGGAACAAUUUUCUAAAGAAAAGGGAAAACCUUGCUAUUCUAACACGGCAUCUUUAUGGGAUAAGUGUUUAACACCUCUAGUUGCUUGGGCCAUUGGAUCAAAAGGCGAAAAUUUCCCAAACCAUGUCGGUGUACCUUUAGCAGAAAAGAAACAUUCAUUCUAUAUGCUGGAGGUUCACUUCGAUAAUCCAAAAAAGAAGAGUGGUCUGGAUACUUCGGGUUUAAGGCUACAUUACACUAGCGAGCUAAGAGAAAACGAAGCUGGUAUCUUGAUAACUGGUGUAGCGCCAUCUACCUUACACUUUAUUCCUCCUUAUCAAAAAGAAUAUAAGACUGCUGGAUACUGCAGCAUUGAUUGCACUAAAGAGGUUAUUCCAAAAGAAGGAAUUAAUGUGGUAUCAGUCAUGCUACACUCUCAUUUGGCAGCUAAGAAGUUAAAAUUAAGGCAUAUCCGAGCCAUGAAGGAACUAACACCAUUGGCUGAGGAUAACCGAUAUGAUUUCAACUACCAACAAUCACGUUCUUUAUCACAAGAUAUACCGAUACUUCCAGGAGAUGGUCUAAUAACGGAGUGCACUUACUCGACAUUAAACCGAAGCAAACCAACUUUAGGAGGCUAUUCGACCCAGGAUGAGAUGUGUUUGGCGUUUGUGUUACAUUAUCCCAGGACCCAGCUUGCUGGUUGCUACUCAAUGCCUCCUGUUAAAUAUUUCUUCGAAAAUCUAGGAAUCAAAGAGUUUUAUGGUAAAGAUAUGAACCAAAUUGAGAAAGCGUUACUAGAGGGAAGAAUCGAUGGGGAGCCCUCCACAUCUACGUUGAAUCCAUUUAUAACUAAGCCAGGCGAUGAAUUGUCGUCAGAAGCCAACCAUUUGGCUAUAGUUGCUCUCAAGAAUGCUAAAGAUUAUGUAAUUGAAGGUUAUCAAGAUGAGUGGCACGCUGUAUUUGAUAAGCUAGUUAUAAAAGAACCUCAAGAAUUUAGAAAUUUGACUUUUACGGAACAUUUGCAUAAUAUGCCCUAUAACGAGACGAUUUUUACCAAAACCAUGGAAAAAUAUUUCUACGAAGGAUUGCACUUGACUUUCUGCAGGAAGAGGGACGACACUCUAGCUAUUAAUGAACUUAUCGUGAAGCUUCCAGAAUUUCAGCAGUAUGAGAGGAGGGAAAAUAUCCAAUGUAGUUACAGAUCUAAGACGUCGUACACAACCCAGGACAAUGGAGCGUUUUCGUCGUCUGAAAAAAUGUGGAUAAUGACAAGACCUACCUUGACUUAUUAUUCGCUGUUGGUGUUACUAUUAGCAACUGGUUUUAUGUAA